AUGUCGAGCAUGGAGAACAGCAGUGAACCCGAGUACGAAAGCCCACCCGGCUCGGACCCUGGAAGCGAUUCGGAAGGCUACAACGCCAACACCACAGCUGCUACAAUCACGGUACCCGACUCAGCUGCCCACGCCAUGGCCGAACCCGAUGCGGUACAGCUGGCGCCUGUAGGAGUGGACCAGCGGGACCAGAACGAGGAGAGCUCAGUCUCAGACCCUGGACCGCCAUCCGAGGUGGAUGCCCUGAAUGCCCGGAACUUCCUCGUGGAGGAAACACUGCUGUCAGCGCUCACUUACCAGCCUCGGCCCAGCGAUGUCUUCACCGUCAGCUAUCCCAAGUGUGGCUCGGCGCUCCUGCAGUUCCUGGUGUUCGGUGUCUUGAACCACGGCCACCCUAGCAAAGACUUUGCGGAAUUCGUGUCCCGAUGUCCGUAUCUCGAGUGGAUGGGCAUCAAGUCGGUGCUGGAGAUGCGCAGACCGGGCGCGAUCAAGACGCACCUGCCUUUCGACAAGCAACCCUACAACCCGCAGGCCAAGUACAUCUACAUGGCUCGAAAUCCAUUUGACUGCUGCGCCGCCUACUACAUGCACAUGAAGAGCAUGCCCUUGGCCCGUCCCGAGGCAACCAGUUUCGACACCUUCUUCGACGCCUUUAUCGAGGGAAAGGUCAUUUAUGGCGACUUCUUCGACCACGUCCUCUCCUGGUACGAGCGACGACACGACCAGAACGUGCUCUUCAUCACCUACGAGGACGUCAAGAGUGACCCCGGGGCUUGGACCAUCCGCAUCGCUGAUUUCAUUGACCAGCUGUUCGCCAGGGACCUUCGCGACGACCCCGCUCUUCUCUCGAAUGUGUUGAAGAUCGCCAGUGCCAACAGCAUGUCCACGACAUGCAACCAGGGAAUGCGAUCUGUACUGGCCGAUGAACUCGCUAUGACCGUCGGUAUAGAACCCAUAACUCCGGCAGAGUUCUACAAGAGCAUGUUUGCGGAGGCGCUGGAGAUUGCCGAGGGCUCGGACUUCACGCGGAAGCCAAUCUGCGGCAAGUGGAAGGAGCUCUUCAAGCCGGAGCAAGUGCAAAAGAUGAAGGAGUGGAUUGCUCAGAAGACGGCUGGCAGUGACGUUCUCAGCAUCUGGACCAACAGCGAGCUGCCUUGA